AUGCUAGACAAGCUGCUAUCCCAGCAACCUACGAACCCCCAAGUCCAGGAGCACAUGGCGCUAGCAAAGAGGAAGGCAGGCAACACAGCAGCCGCCAGGGCGUGGUACCGCAGUAGCGCCCAGGGCUAUCAGGAGACUCUGGCGGUUGGCAGUCUCUUGGACUCAUGGGACAUUCCUGUCAGCCGCUUCACCCAUGCAAGGCAUUCACACGCAAGGGAGUUAGCAGAUGCGCGGCCUCUGGAGCGAAUGAGUGAAGGCGCUGCAGAGGAGGCUGGACACCUGGGGGACCAGUUUCACCCGAGGAAUCACCUGGGGCGGUGCCUGCAGGCGUGGGCGGGGAUGGAGGCGGAGGAGGGCGACAUGGUUACCAGCAGACAGCUGUUUCAACGUUCAAUGGCUGCCCGUAACCUGCUGGAGCAGGCAGAGAAGAUUCAGCCGGGCAGCCCGGUGGUUCUGCAGUCACGCGCUCUCCUAGAAGCUUCUGUGAAGAACCUGGGUGCUGCCCGGUGUUAUUUCAAGAAGGCCACUGUUGCUGCCCCUCUUGACGCUGCGUCCUGGCAGUUACCUCACAUGGAUCUGCGUGCAACAACCCACCACCUGCUCACCCCGCCCAUGCACUCUCUCCUAUCCCUCAUCCCACCGCAGGCAUGGGCCCUCCUCGAAGCAAAGGCUGGCCGGGCAUAUGCAUGCUUCGAGCGGCAGCAAGGAAAUCUACUCAAGGCCCGCUCGCUCCUAUCACUAGCCCUAACAGCCCAGCCGGGCAACGCUGCGGCGCUGCAGCUAGCAGCAGAGGUGGAGGAGGAGCUGGGGAACGCAGCAGCUGCGCGUGAGCUCUAUGUGCGGGCGCACCGGGCGGAUAGAACGGUGGCAAGGCAACGACGGGGGAUGUAUGAGUCAGCGAAAGAGGGGAGGAGGGGGGAGCAUGAGAGAGGGGCGGUACCGUAG